GCCAAUUGCGACAACUGGAUGAAUUUGAUUCUUAAGGAAGUGGUUCAGACAAGCCCCGAAGGCGACCGUUUCUUUCGACUACCAGAGGUCUACGUCCGAGGAAACAAUGUAGGUUCCUGCCCCUCACCCUAGCUAGCACGAAACUAAUCUCGGCGCUUAGAUCAAAUACCUACGGAUUCCUGAGGAGAUUAUCGAAAUGGUGAAAGACCAACAGCAGAACCAACCGCCAAAUCGCAACCGUGGCCCUCGCGAAGGUGGAAGGGGCGAUAGGGGAGGCCGGGGAGGUCGGGGUCGUGGGCGUGGCCGGGGCCGGGGUGGAAGCUAGAUGUGGGAUUUGGUGCCACGCAAUGACGAGCAGAGACAAAGAAAGAUACCCCGGAGAUACUGAGGAAGUAGUUCGCUAUGGAGGAUGGUUUGACGGGUUAGUCGCAUGGCCUGGCGCAUCUGGUUGGGUUUUUCGCUGGGAAUCGUGCCAUGUAAAAUUCGUUGCUACAAUAAUCAUUAUGUGACCCAUGUGAAAACGAC